GUCGUGACGUCACCAGACACCAACGGUCUGACAGCCAGCCGACGUUGCAGCCAUGGAGGAAGUGAGAGUGUUUCCCCUGACCUGUGCCGUGCAGCAUUAUGCGUGGGGAAAGGUCGGGCUGGACAGCGAGGUGGCCAAACUCGUGGUUGGUGGAGACCCACUGGCUGUUGUUGAGGAUGGCAAGCCCUACGCAGAGCUGUGGAUGGGUGCCCACCCAAAAGGCGAUGCCCAGAUUAAAGACAAUAGGAUCGCACAGACGACUCUGGGCCAGUGGAUCGCCCACUUUCCUGCCUGCCUGGGUUCCAAGGUCAAAGACACCUUCCAGGGACAGCUGCCCUUCCUCUUCAAAGUCCUCUCUGUCAAUACUGCCCUGUCCAUACAGGCCCACCCUAACAGAGAGUUAGCUGCUCGUCUCCAUGCUCAGUUUCCGGAGCACUAUCCAGACAACAACCACAAGCCAGAGAUGGCCAUCGCUCUCACCCGCUUUCAGGGCCUCUGUGGCUUCAGACCAGUGGAGGAGAUCCUGGGGUUCCUUAAAUCUGUCCCAGAGUUCCACGCUUUGGUGGGAAAUGAGGCAGCGGAGGAGCUGCGAUGCAGUGUGGGAGACGCAGCUCAUACGAGCCAGGUGCUGAAGAAGUGCUUCACCAGGAUGAUGAACUGUGAGAAGAAGGUGUUCGUAGAUCAGCUCAACAUGCUGGUCAAGAGAGUCACUGAAGAGGGUGCAGCGGGGAAGGACACAUCAAGCAGCAAUGGUGAUCUGUUGCUCCGUCUCCACUCCCAGUAUCCCGGAGACAUCGGCUGCUUCUCCAUCUACUUCCUCAACCAAAUAGUCCUGGAGCCAGGCCAGGCCAUGUUCCUGGGAGCCAGCGAGCCCCACGCUUACCUUUACGGAGACUGUAUUGAGUGUAUGGCCUGCUCAGACAACACGGUGAGAGCUGGUCUGACUCCAAAAUACAUUGAUGUCAACACGCUGUGCGAGAUGCUGAACUACAGCCCAGCCCCCGCCAGCUCCAAAAUCUUCCCAUGUGUCCAGGACGCUUCAGAUCCUUGUGUGUCCCUGUACGACCCCCCAGUGCCAGACUUCACUGUGAUGAGGAUACAGGUCCCAGCCUCAGUGAAGCAGUACACUGUCGCUCCAGUCGACAGCGCCAGCAUCCUCCUGGUCAUUGAAGGUGACGCCACGGCAACCUCUGCAGCCGCCCUCUCCGAUGUCACACUGAGGCGGGGCACCGUCCUGUUCGUCUCGGCCAACGAGAGCGUCUCCCUGCACAUCACCUCCCAGUCGGGGAUGAGCAUGUUCCGAGCCUGCUGCCUCCUGUAGCUGUGAGUGUGAGGCUGUGUGUGAAAGCUCAUACUACCUGUGUUAGUUUUCCUCUGGUUCGACUCACAAAGGUCGACAUUGCGUUAAGGAUUGAGCCCAAUGAUUGCUGUGCACUUUUGAAGUAGGUAGUACGUUAAAGGAGCUUUCAGACACAGUUUACUGAUGCCUGUCUGUGCCCGCUGCUCCCCCCGACCCAAACUCGACCUGCGGACUGCUCCAGCAGUGCUCUUUAGCUUUAAAAUCCAGCAGUAAUCCACUGCUGCUGGAUUUUAAUUGGUUUUAACUGUCUUUUUUACCUUUAAUGAUGCAAUCACAUCUUAUAAAUCAGAGGAUGUGCACAUCCCAAAUUGAUAAUAGGUGCUGGACAGAAGACACGCCAAGAAUAAAAAGUAAAACAAGUCCACAACACUGACACAUGACAGUGCUCACAUCACUCCAUCCUCAGGUUCCUGAAGAUCGAGGGAUUAAAAUGUUGCAUGAGAAUUUAUUCUUGACCUUGGAGACAGCAGUUGGGAAAACAAUCUUAUAAGGUCCACCAGCUCUGGAGUUUAAAGUCCUUUAAGCCCAACUCAGACCAAAGAUUCGCGACAAGACAAAACCAUUUUAGAAUGUUGCAGAGAAAAGUCACAGCAGUGUGAGCAGGUGCUCCGUCCCUACUGCGCCCUCUGUUUCCACAUACACACACACAAAUUCUCACUGACUGAUGAAUUGAUGUUGGUGGCGUAUUGACUAUGGUUACAGUCCAUCUGAUGCUGGUUUUGUUUCUGUCUUUUGCCAUUUCAUCACCACUACAAAUGCACCUGCAGCCAGUAUCUCACCAUCACUAUCCUCAUUCAUAUUUUAAGAAGCUACAAAUUAUAUUCAGCCACAAAAUAAGCCUGAAAAGCUGGAAAUCAGAAUGGAAGUACAGAGUGUUGUUGCAUAGUGAUGAUACACCGCCUCGUCUAGUUGCAUUGGUGUGAACCGGCAGGUUUUUGGAACAUUGCAGACCAGCACAUUGCAAGUAGUUGCCUGUUUCAACUCAUCUCAUCACAAAUCUUUGGUCUGAACUGGGCUUUAAAUGCUCAGAAGAAUGGAUAUUUUUAAAUCUACAACUCCAUGACAACACGGCAAACACUAUCCCUUGAUUAAGAUCAUGAAAUGCGAUAGAAAUCCUUAUAACAGUUAAUAUAAACCUUUUGGUGAGAUUGAUUUCUUAAAACAAAACAAAAAACACUGAGCAAACUCCAUCUACUGGUGAUUACAGUGUGGUGCAUUUAAAAGCCUGAAAAACCCUAAAUGGACCUCAAGGUAUUGUUAAUGCACAAUUUAUAAUUAUUAUUAUUAUAGUUAUUUCUAAUGGUUGCCCUUUUUAUUCCUAAUACACUUACAGCUGCACGUUUUUAUCCUCCAAUCUGAGAUAAAGAUAUUAUACAUUCAAACAGCACUGAAGCAGGGUGGGGGAUAUGUUUACACUGGUGCAGCCCACCACCAAUCACUGCUCAACUACAGAACCACCUUGUCGAGGACUGAGCAUAUCUGUCAUAUGAGACAGGCAGCAGUUAGCCUUUCCACAGGGUCACUGGUGCAGUUAACUGCUUCAUCAUUCUAGUUCAGCUUAAACAAAGUAAACAUCCACCUCUGGGACAAAAAAUAUUAGUUGAGAGUAUAUAUUGUAAUACUGAGAUGCCUGUGCAUGUUUGAUUUAGAGCAGUUAUACUGGAGAGGGACUUCUAUCUCGACUGUCACGGUGAAGUCAACCCUGGGAAGUAUUACUGCUUUUAACUGUUACCAGCGCAUGUUUACGGUCUGGAAACGUCUUCUCAAGGUAGUGAAAAAUCAGAAAAAUAACAAAAAAAAACAAAACAAAAGGGGCCACUAACUAUUGCCGUCCCAUUAAAGGGAUGAUUUGGAUUUUUGAAUUGGGGUUGUAUGAGGUACUCCUGCCUGCCUCUUCAAAAUGGAGGCGUACCAACCGACAUCUACUGUAGGUAACACACUGACUAUGGAUAAGUUCUUUAUACAAUGCCACUUAAAAAAAUCCGAACUAUCCCUUUAAGCACGACUACAUGGGAAUCAGGAAUGCAUUUUAAUUAAAAAGUUAUAUACGACUGAAAAUGCACUACUGCUGCUUGUUACAUACAAUUUGACCCGAGCCCGUUAACACACCCACAUCUUGUACAGUUGUACAACAAAAUGCUGCAUUUAAUUUUCUAGUAUUAUAGCAACAAACGUGUCUGUAUUUGAGUAUUUGACGCCAAUUUUUUACAGACUUUGCAUGUUUUGUUGUUUGUACUGAUUCAUCAGUACUUGCCAUUACAUGCUAAAGAGGAAUGAUCCCUGAAACCGCACCGCAUCAUAAGGUUUUAACUGUACAUUAAUACAUCAUGAGGUGAGUGGUUUGUCGUCACAGUGAAAUCUCCAUGGUGACCACUUUCCAUCAUGUCGGUACAAUAUCGUAACUAGAUUAUUUCAGUAUGGUGCAAACGUCUGCGUAAUAUUCCAGCUCACACCAGGGUUCGUCAAUAAAUCAUGACGUGGAUUUUCUUGUUGUAACAAUUUUUAUAGGUUAUCUAGAAUUAAAUAUUUGAGAAUGAAUGCUCUCUUUGCCUGCCAACCUACCAGUGAGUAAAUAUUUCUCUCAAUAGUUUGACCUGAAUGAAUGACUGCAAUGAAUCGAGCCAACGCUGGUGAUGCUUUUACCGACGUCAUGACCGUGUUAGUGAUGACAGAUGAUCUCUAAGCUUGUCCCUAUUAUAGAUGCACUAAACCUUUAGUUGUUGGUUGUUGCUAAAUAUUGUUGAGAAGCUGAAGAAUAUUAAGAGACUGAAGGAUGUUGAUAGUUAAAAUCACAGCAUCUUUUUGAUUAAAGAACCAUUACCUCAGAUUCAUCCUUCUGUAUCUCUAUAAUUGUAAAACCUUUUAGUUAUAUUUGUCAACAAACCAUUUUUUCCAUCUUUUCAAACUGUUUUAAUGUAGUUAGCAUGUAGAGGCUGCAGUUUCAAACAACUGAAUUUUGACUUUUGAUUUAACCAUCACACACACCUUUGUUACUGGUCUUGUUUUAUGUCACCUUUUAGUUUUAAUACUGUACAUCCAGGACUUAACACAUAAUUUAACUCCUUCAAAUGCACACAAAUCUGAAGGCCACAAUGUUUCACCUUAAUUGUUUUAUUUAACUAUAGUGAGAACAUUUCCUGGAGUAUUUCUCCAGAUGAGGACGUGGUUUAGCAUUUUUGAAUAUGGUGAUGCUGUAGCCUGGGACUGCAGAGAACAUGUGUAUGUAAAAGUGGUUUAAUAAAGCCUUGUUCCGUUACUACA